AUGUCCACUACUUUCAGCGAAAAGCUGACCAAGGCAUUUGAGACGAGCGAUCCAAAAACAUCGGAUCUCUCGUACUCAUCUGAAUCAUCAAAUUUAGCAGCAAACAACAAUAACAGCAGCAGCAGAGGCAACAGCGGAGGCAAACUCAAUAAUUCAUGGCGCAACUUUAAAGACUCAUUCAAACCACCAGCAUCAAACUCGCAAAUACUGCGAGACUCUGAUUUGGAGUCCAAUACGGAUAAGCCAGGUCAUGGUAAUGAUGCAUCCGCAACAACACGAGAAGGAGCCCCAUUGAAACAAACUUUAAAGAAACGUCAGCUUCAAAUGAUUGCACUUGGUGGAUGUGUAGGCUCAGGUUUACUAGUCGCAUCAGGAUUGGCAUUGGGCACAGGUGGACCAGCAAGUCUCCUUAUUGCAUGGGCAAUUGUCUCAUCAUUCUUGUACUGUACAAUGCAGUCAUUGGCAGAAUUAUCCAGUUGUUUCCCAGUCUCGGGAUCUUUUGCUACUUACUCAAUUAAAUUCAUCGAUCCAAGUUGGGGGUUUGCCAUGGGUUGGAACUAUGCAUUGUUCUGGGUGGUGGUAUUGCCAUUGGAAUUGGUGGCUUCCUCAAUGACCAUCAAGUUUUGGAACUCAGACAUCAAUAGUGUAGCCUGGGUGGCCAUCUUUUACGUCCUUAUCAUCUUUUUGAACUUGUGCGGAAACAAAGGAUUCGGUGAGACCGAAUUUGUCGCAUCCGUCAUCAAAUUAUUAGGAAUUGUUGGCUUUGAUAUCUUGGCCAUUGUCUUGAUCUGUGGUGGUGGAGACCAAGGAUAUAUCGGAGGAAAGAACUGGCACCCACCAUUUGCCUCGGGUGUAAAGGGUGUCAUCUCCGUAUUGUUGACUGCUACAUAUUCUUUAGCAGGAACUGAAUUGGUGGGAUUAACAUCUGCAGAGUCAGCGGGCGACGCAAGAAAAACCUUACCCAAGGCCAUCAAACAAGUGGUUUGGAGAAUAUUGAUUUUUUACAUGUUAUCGUUAACCUUGAUUGGAUUCCUUGUUAAUGCAAAAGAACCACAAUUGGCCUCAGAUGACAGCAGUGUAUCGACAUCACCAUUUGUCAUUGCUAUCCAACAAGGUGGUAUCAAAGGGUUACCAUCAGUGUUCAAUGUUGUUAUUAUGGUGGCUCUUUUGGCCAUUGGUAAUUCUGCCGUUUAUGGAUUUUCCAGAACUGUUUUGGCAUUGGCUGAGCAAGGCUUGGCACCAAAGAUAUUGACAUAUGUCGACAGGAAAGGUAGACCAUUAGCCGGAAUCGCAGUAUCCGCCAUUGUUGGUUUGCUUUCAUUUGUUUCUGCCUCAAAAUACGAAAAUGAAGUGUUUUCAUGGUUGGUUGCCUUGUCAGGCUUAUCAACGUUGUUCACUUGGGGUAGUAUCAAUGCUGCACUCAUUAGAUUCAGACAAGCAAUGAGGGCGCAAAAUAGAUCAAUCGAUUACAUUCCAUACAAGUCCUCAACCGGUGUUUUGGGUGCAUACUAUGGUUUAAUCAUGAACAUUGUGGUAUUGGCACUUCAAUUUUGGCUUGCAUUGUACCCUGUUGGUGUCAAAAAGCCGCUGGCCAAGACAUUUUUUGAAACUUAUUUGGCUGCCGUCAUUGUGUUGGCGUUUUACAUUGGUCACAAGAUCUGGACCAAAAAUUGGAUUUUGCUCAUCAAGACUGAAGACAUUGACAUUGAUCAAGGUAGGUCCGACGUGGACAUGGAUAUGAUUGUACAACAAAUUGCCGAAGAAAGAGCCGCCUUAGCCGCAAAACCAUUGUACUAUAGAAUUUACAACUUUUGGUGCUAA